AUGUCAUCUUAUCCAAUUGAUAUUGAUAACCAUGAUGAAGAUCCAAUUAUUUUAAAUGUUGGAGGUGUAAAAUAUGAAGUAAUGCCAUCAACAUUGGCACAAUACCCAGAGACUUUACUUGGUAAUAUCUUUCAUCCAAAUAAUAGACACCUUAGAAAACCAGAUAAAAAAGGUGAAUACUUUUUUGAUCGUAAUGGUGCUUCAUUUGAUGUAAUUUUAAAUUAUUAUAGAACUGGUAAAAUUGUUAUACCACCAAAUGUUUCAGAAGAAAUUAUUCGUGAAGAAUUAAAAUAUUUUAAAAUUGAUUAUAAAGGUAAUCUUGGUAAUAAUAAUAAUAAUGGUAAUAAUAAUAAUUCAAUUGAAGAAGAUGAAGAUGAUAAAAUUAUGAAACAACCAAAAAGAUCAAGUUUUUCAAUAUGCUCAAAUAGAGCUGAUAUAAAGAGAGGAUUGAAAUUCCUUGGUAAAUUAAGAGAGAUUGAACCAAAUAGUUAUUUAUAUAGAUAUAGUUACUCAUUCGCUUGUUAUAGAUUAGGUGAAAAUGUAAAGGGUAUUCAAACAUUACAAGAGAUUCUUGCAACCGAUCAACAUAAUCCACAAGCAAAAUCAUUGUUAACCCUAUUCAAUGAUGUUAGAUUAAGUAAUACUCGUAAUGGUAUUGUUAUGUGUUGUCUUGCAGUUGUUGGUAUCUAUGGUUUCAUUAAAGUUAGAAAAUGGUAUCAAUUAGCUAAACUUUUAAAUAACGUAUCCCUUCCAACCUCUGCUGCCGCCGCCACCAAUGCUGCCUCAAGCGUAAUUAAAUCCGUUGGUUCAAGUGUUAUCGAUGCUGCCAAUGGUAAUAUUGGUACCUCUUCUGUCGUUGGUCCACUCUCUUCUUCAAUUCCACAUACUAUCGCUUCAAAUAUUCCUACAGAGAAAAUUAUCAAUCAUGUCAUUGAAAAAGUUGCUACCAACACUGCUUCCAAUCUUGCAAAUAAUACUUUUAAUACUAUCACUGAAGCUUCAAUCAAUUCAUUAUCUCAAUCAAAUAUUCAAUCAAUACCAAUUGAUCAAUUUAAUAAUUUAAUUUCAAAUACUUUUUCAAAAUAA